AUAAUUAUUUAUUAUUUUACUAAUCGCAAGAAAGUUGUAUCCUGUGUACAAAAAUACUUUGUGAAAUAAAUCGCGUUGUAAUUUCUAUUAUAUCGAUUAGAAUAGGACAAUGAUUAAACUUUUUUCAUUGAAACAGCAAAAGAAAGAUGAAGAGGGUACAGCGAGAGCUGGUGGUUCACAGAAGAAAGCGUCGGCAGCCCAGCUGCGGAUUACAAAAGAUUUGAAUGAGCUGAAUUUGCCUAAGACCUGCAGUACAGAGUUUCCAGAUCAAGAUGAUUUACUCAAUUUUAAACUGAUAAUAUGCCCUGAUGAGGGUUUCUAUCGAGGAGGCAGAUUUGUAUUUAGUUUUAAGGUAGGACCAAACUAUCCUCACGAACCUCCGAAGGUGAAAUGUGAGACAGCUGUAUACCACCCUAACAUAGACCUUGAAGGAAAUGUUUGCCUCAACAUUCUUAGAGAAGACUGGAAACCAGUGCUGACAGUCAACUCCAUAGUCUAUGGGCUGCAAUACUUAUUCUUGGAACCCAACCCUGAGGACCCACUGAACAAGGAGGCGGCGGACGAGCUGCAGAGCAACAGGCGGCUGUUCGAGCAGCACGUGCAGCGCGCCAUGCGCGGCGGCUACGUCGGCUCCUCCUACUUCGAGCGCUGCCUCAAGUGACCUACGGACCACCUGUGAAUACCCUCAACAGAGCAUUUUUUAUUUCUUUACAUAAUUACAUCACGCUAUACUAUCAUAUAGGUCCUUAGGGCUCAAGACGGGAGACGCCAUGUCUGUCACUUUCUGACACGUCGAAUGUAUGGCUACGUAAAUACUUGACAGAGGGAUAAGGCGUCAUCCAUAUAUUACGUCACAGUGUAAGGGGGGGGGGUCAUACUAAAUGUGACAAUCCCUGUUAAAGGGAUACAAAAAAGCGUGACAUAGGGGGACGUGAUAUGGACCCCUCCCGGUCCAAAAACCUGAAAUUUGGUGUGACGUAAUAUGUGGAUGAUCCCUAAGCCCUUAGGGCGACGAAGGUGACUCCCGUCUGAAUGCUCUCAGCAUAGGUCAGUGUUUUAGCUAAUCUGGUAUUAUUCAACUUAACAUGUAUAAUUUUAAAUACUCGUGGCUCUGUAGCUGCAUGCUUUUUACGCUUUUUAAAUUUGAAUUCAGUUUUAAUAAAUUCGAAGAAAUUUAAUUUUUAUAAUAUUAUAUUGCUAGCACAAGCAGUUAAUUGUCGUUGUUACCCAUCUUGCACCGCAGACUGGAUAUUAGCAUGAGCACAUUUGUGCCCCAAGUGUCAGAGCCAACCAAUAGAAAAGAGAGAAUUAAAGCCUGACCAGAAAUAAAUAAAAAACGCGCCAUGUUGCGGAAUUUUAUUAGAACUAUUUUGUUCCUACUUACUGAACUGAACCCCAUACAUCAGUAUAACAGCGCCCUCUUGACAAUUGUACUUAAUAUAUUUCUGGUCAGGCUAUACGUCAAAAGUCAGUCAUAAUUGUGGUCAUGCUACGUAUAUAAUGUCGGUAAGAUUUCGUCGACUGUUUUCAGGGUUCCGUACCAAAAAGGUACAACAGGAACCCUUAUGGUGCGACUCUGUCCGUCUGUCACAUUACUAAAUAUCUCGAGAACUACUAAUGCUAUCAACUUGAAAUUUGGAAUAGUUGUAAACAUC